AUGUCAUCCCAGCCAGAAAUUAACGUGCUCAAGACAGCCUACAUCUUCCCCUUGCAAAAGUCAACAAGAACCACAGUCUCCCUCUCGAUUCUCGAUGCAGUCGUCACAAACUAUGCCUCCUGUGCCGCAGUCUGGUUCUACGAUGCACCUUCCGGUAGCAACAAGGAUGGGCAUAGACAGCUAUACUGGCUCUCAACUCUAGAACAGUCCCUAGCCAUAACUCUAUCUUCCUUUCCACAUUUUGCCGGCACCCUUAGCAAAAUCACACACGUUUCUGACCCAGCCAACUAUGGCUAUGGUGAUGCAGAUCACACAAAGCGCUACGGCCGCCUCCACAUAACAUUCGGCACCGAUCAAGACCCGGGCGUCGAAUUUAACACUGCUCAUUGCGGGACAACACUGGACGAGAUCGUUCCAAACUCGAUGCAGCGGAAGUCCCCUGAUUCCAGGGCUUGGGAUCUGUCCUGCUCAGCGAAGGCCUUUCUAGCAGACGAAAAGAAGCUGCCCUUUAUUGGAGGGGCGUGUUCAAGCUCUCUGGUAUUGAUUCAGGUUACGCAGUUUAGAUGUGGUGGCGUCGCUAUCGGUAUAAGAAUUGCCCAUCCGUUGGCCGAUGCGCAGACGCUGAGCAUUUUCAUGAAGAGAUGGUCGUUUGAGCAUUCGAUUCUUUUCCCAGGCGAGCCCACGUCUUUAUAUGACGCCUCCAACCGGAAGACAGAACCGCCAACUCCUGUAUUCAGCCCCCAACUCCUCGACUCGCAAGCAGCAGGAGACACCGACGCCCUCUCUCCAGAUGGCACGAUCCUCGCAAAAUCUCGCGCCCUCCCCUCCUCCCGCUACGAUUGGUUUUAUCCCGCCUCUGACGACAAUUCGGACCGGAACCUACCAUCUGGCAUUACACGCUCGAUGAUCAAGUCUCCCGGAAACCCAAUGCCAAAGGAAGACUGGGAUACGGCCCUCCCUGUGUCCCAUAUCAAACUCCAUUUCUCUGCGCAGCAGACGAAGAAGAUCUGGGAGAUUGCUGGCGGGUCGGAUCUUGGUAUUAGCCGGCACGAUGCUAUUGUUGCGCACGUCUGGAGUGCUAUCAACCGAGCGCGCGGGUUAGGUUAUGAUGAGCGAAACGUCUCCUUACACUAUACCUUCGGUUUACGGAAACGUCUCGGUCUCCCGUCUGAAUUCAUAGGAUCUCCGAUCCUCCUGACCUCAGUCCAGAUGCCAGGGAAAGACGCUGCUAACGCCAGCUCUUCCACAUCGCAGAGACAUGACAUCGCAACCAAAAUACACAAUAAUAUAUCUCUAUACACCCCCGACAAUCUCAAAGCAAGACUGCACGAUCUUUGCUUUGAGGUCGCGCCUCAGCGGCUCUGGGAGGCGUAUCUAGGGUACAGACAUGUAAUUUUUACAUCCUGGGCACAUCUGAGCCUCUAUGAGGUUGAUUUUGGGGGAUCGAGAGGGACGCCGAGAUUCGUUGAGCCUUAUAUGCCAGUUUUGGAUGGGCUGUUGUGUUUGAUGGAAGGUCGGCCGGGCCUGAAAGACAAAGAGGGAAAGAUGCAUUGGUGUGAUGAUGGAGUAGAUGUUGCGGUUUCAAUUGCGACAGAGGCGAUGGAGAGGUUGAGAGAUGAUCCUGAACUAUGGGUCUAA